GCCACCCUCGCCAUGUUCGCCACCGGCCUGUCUGACCUGCGCCAGAUGUUGGCGACCAAGAGUGUGGAGAAUAUUCAGUUCCUGCCCUUCCUCACCACUGAUGCCAACAACCUGAGCUGGUUGGGCUAUGGCUGCCUGAAGGGGGACAGGACAGUGAUCACUGUCAACGCCAUUGGGGCAGCUCUGCAGACUCUCUACAUCCUGGUGUAUCUCUACUAUAGCCCCACCAAGCGCCCCGUGCUGCUGCAGGUCCUGCUGCUCCUGGCUGUGGUGGUCACUGGCUAUGGCUACUUUACCAACCUGGUUGACACAGGGAUGCGCCUGACACACCUGGGGCUCUUCUGCAGUGUCUUCACCAUCACCAUGUACCUCUCACCACUGGCUGACCUGGCCAAGGUUAUCCGGAGCAAGUCGACGCGGUGCCUGUCCUUCCCCCUGACUGUCACUACCCUUGUGGCCUCCAGCAGCUGGACACUCUAUGGCCUGCAGCUCCGUGAUCCCUACAUCACAGUGGGUUGGGGUGGUGGAUUGCCAAGGGGUCCCAUCCCAUCCCAUCCCAUCCCAUCCCAUCCCAUCCCAUCCCAUCCCAUCCCACUCAAUCCUAUCCCGUUCCACCCCAUUCCCCUCUCAUGGCUCAGCUGAGCACUUGGCUUGGGGCCGGCCCUGUUCAGCACUGCGUGUGUCACCCAGCCAAGGAUGACAAGGUUCAACAUGAUGACUAUUGAUUUUAAUUAAUUAGCUGGGAUGAGGCCAAUAAACCUCCCCCAGCACCACAGGGGGAGGGGUACAUCCACUCUCCCUACAUGUCCUCCUGCAGGUCCCCAAUGUGCCAGGGAUCGUCACCAGCCUUGUGCGAUUCUGGCUCUUCCAGCGGUACAGGCCAGAGCAGGACAAGCCCUACAGCCCCUUGCCCGCCUGAGAGGUCCACUAAGGAGCACUCCAACUCUGGCCUGGGCUGGCCCCACUGCUGAGCCCUGAGUGCCAUCACUGUCCCCUUGGCCACUCCCAGUGGGACACCAGGAAGGACCUCCUGCCUCCAGCUCUGCAUCCUUCAGCAAAGGCCCUGGAGCUCUCAGCAAUGCCUUUGGGGUGCCAUAAGCCCCUCAAAUCCCAGGGUGGGAGGAUAGUUUUCCAUGCCCAUGGCCCUGCCUGGUACUGGGAUGGGGCUUCCAGGGGUCCAGGUGUCACUUUUGUAUGGAUUCAAGUGCCUUUUAAUAAAUCAGAGAC